AUGUCUCUCGUCAACCUCGCUUCCGUGUGCGCCCACCUGAACAAUGCCACUAAGGCUCGUCUCGGCCUCACCUCGAUCCCCAACAGCAACCUGCACCUGAAGCUUUGCCAGGCCCUCCAGAACUCGGGUUACAUCUCCUCCGUGGUGCGUGGAGGCCCGACUCCUCCUCCUGCUCACCCUAUUCUUGGCCACCCGACUGCAAACGAUGAGAUCGAAGGCGUUGAAUCCAUUACUCGGGAUAAUGUUGCGUCCCGACGUCUAUGGUUGGGUCUGAAGUACUGGCGCAAUGAACCGGUCCUCGGCAAGGUGCAAAUGGUCAGCAAGCCGAAGCGACGAGUCAACCUCGAUGUCGAGAGCCUGCGUCGUGUCGUUCGUGGCGAGGAAGCCGGCUACGUGGCUGGAUUGCGAUCUCCUGGCGAGAGUCUCUACCUGUCGACAGACCGAGGAAUCAUGGAGGCCCGCGAGUGUGUUGAGAAGAAGAUCGGAGGCUUGGUACUCUGCCGGGUUCUAUGA